AUGAGAAAAGAGGAGAAGAAACCUCAGAACAACACGUCCCUUAAAAACCAGAACCAGGCAGGGAAGGCACCUGAAGGGGAGAAAAGCACCGAUCCAGCCAAGCAGCAGGAGCCAGCAAUGAAGAAGAAAGCCAAGGGGGAUCCCAAAACGGGCCAGGAGGAGGAAUCCCACACUUGUUGUGGCUGCCGUUUCCCGCUGCUGGUUGCUUUGUUGCAGCUGGUGUUAGGCAUCUCUAUAACAGUGCUGGGCUUCAUUAUGGCAGGCAUCAGCUCUUCUUUACUAGUCAGAGACACUCCAUAUUGGGCUGGGAUAAUUGUCUGUGUGGUGGCCUUAGUGGGAAUGGUGAUGCUUUGUGUUUCAUAUCAGCCUGAGGAGAAGACAUGUUUCCAGUUUGCCAUAAAGCUGAUGUACUUUCUACUGAGCACCCUGAGUCUGAUUACCUGUGUUCUGGCAGUGGCUUUUGUUGCACAUCAUUAUUCACAGAUUACACAGUUUACCUGUGAUGCCGUCCUCGACUCUUGCCAGUGCAAACUGGACACUUCAGAUCCCCUCAGUAGGACCUUCGUUUACCAGGAUGUAUCUGACUGUACCAGUGUCACUAGCACUUUCAAUCUGUAUCUGCUACUGCAGAUGGUUCUUAAUCUGAUCACAGCCAUUGUGUGUUUGUUGGCAUGCUUUGUGAUGUGGAAACACAGAUAUCAGGUCUUUUUUGUGGGCGUUCGGUUACACUCAUUAACUGGUACUGAAAUCCAACAACAGAAAGUAUAG